AUGUCAGACAAAGGAAACAAGCCAAAAGAUUUCGAUGGCACGAGGUCAAAAUAUAGAGAAUGGAUCUAUGAAUGUCACAUGUACAUUCUCACCAACCCGACCAAAUAUGACACUGAUAAGGAUAAAACCCUAAUGGUGUUAUCAUAUAUGAGAGAAGGGACGGCGUCACUCUUCGCCCAGAAGUACUACUUCGACAGGGAACUUCGAGAAUACAAGGCAACGGAGACAAGAAAAACAUGGGGAACGUUCAAGGAAUUCUUAAAGGAGUUAGCCGCUGCAUUCAAAGAUGAAAGUCUCAAACAGAAGGCGAGACAAAAAUUAUUCACAAUGAGAAUGGGAAAACGAUCAGCGGACGAAUUUGUCACGGAUUACCUCAUGAUGGCAGGAGAAAGCGGAUUCGAUCUCAAAUCCACCGUCGACUAUUUCCACCGAGCCAUACACCCGGAAAUUCUCAAACAAAUCUACAGGCUCCCUGAUAUGCCGACAACCAUGGACAAUUGGGUAAAAUACACCCGAAGGUUCGAUAACCAGUGGAGGGAGCUGCAAAGCAUAAAAAGCUCCGUACCCUCCACCGCUGUUCGAUCCAACAACCCUUUCCGCUACAACUCCUCCAACGCUCCCUCCUCCAUGAACAACUCCGUCGUCCCUAUGGCCGUAGAUUCGGUCCGAACAACCCUCACAGACAAAGAGUGCAACCGCCUCAGGAUGGAGGGUGGGUGCUUUUACUGCCGUCAAAAAGGACAUAUGGCAAACCAAUGCCCUGCUAGGGGUUCGUCUAGGGUACAUGAAGGGUCAGCUGGAUAUGUUCAACAAGGUGGUAGAACGAUGGGGAACCGCUCGGCUCAGGCCAGCAGCAGGAUGGGAGGCGGAGGAGGCGGCUAUGGCUGA